UCUCUCUCUCUCUCAGUCUUCGAGAUCACCCUUUUGUGUCUUGUCCUGUGUAUAUAUACCACCACUCCAAAACUCUUCUCCAUCCUCAUUUCCCAUCUCAACACAAGAACUAGCAAGAUUGAAACUCUGAAAGAAACCCUCAGAGAAUAAGAAGAAGCAACCCCAUUAAGGUAGCUAGCUAGAUUAGACCAAAAUACAAUAGGACUUGAGUGAGACUGAGAGAGUGAAAAGAAAGUGUGAGUGAUAUAUCUUGAAGAGAAAGAAAAUGGCUUCAGAAAAAGAGGUGGAACCAGUGAUAGUUGGGAACUAUGUAGAAAUGGAUAUGGAAGGAAAACCAAAGGACAUAAAAUCCAAGCUAUCAAACUUCUUGUGGCAUGGUGGUUCUGUUUAUGAUGCUUGGUUUAGCUGUGCUUCCAACCAGGUGGCUCAAGUGCUGCUUACGUUGCCAUACUCAUUUUCCCAACUGGGAAUGCUCUCUGGGAUACUUUUUCAACUCUUCUAUGGCUUGUUGGGUAGUUGGACAGCUUACCUCAUUAGUGUUCUCUAUGUUGAAUACAGAACCAGGAAAGAGAGAGAAAAGGCUAAUUUCAGGAACCAUGUCAUCCAGUGGUUUGAAGUUCUUGAUGGGCUCCUUGGCAAGCACUGGAGAAACGUGGGUUUGGGCUUUAACUGCACAUUUCUUCUGUUUGGAUCUGUUAUACAACUGAUAGCUUGUGCAAGCAACAUAUAUUACAUAAAUGACAAUCUGGACAAGAGGACUUGGACUUACAUCUUCGGAGCUUGUUGUGCCACCACUGUCUUUAUUCCUUCCUUUCACAACUACAGAAUCUGGUCCUUUUUAGGCCUUAUCAUGACCACCUACACUGCUUGGUAUCUAGCUGUUGCAUCUAUCCUUCAUGGACAGGUGGAAGGAGUGAAGCAUUCGGGUCCGACCAAAUUGGUUUUGUAUUUUACAGGGGCCACAAACAUUCUCUACACAUUCGGAGGACAUGCUGUUACUGUGGAGAUAAUGCACGCCAUGUAUAAGCCACAAAAGUUCAAAGCCAUAUAUUUACUGGCGACCCUGUAUGUGCUGACACUGACUCUUCCAUCGGCUGCAGCAGUGUACUGGGCAUUCGGAGACAUGCUUCUAAAUCACUCCAAUGCUUUUGCUCUCCUCCCUCAAUCACCCUUCAGAGACAUGGCUGUCAUCUUAAUGCUCAUUCACCAGUUUAUAACAUUUGGGUUUGCAUGCACCCCAUUGUACUUUGUGUGGGAGAAAAUGGUGGGGAUGCAUGAGUGCAAGAGUCUGUGCAAGCGUGCUAUAGUGAGAUUGCCGGUGGUGAUUCCGAUAUGGUUCUUGGCCAUCAUUUUCCCCUUUUUCGGACCCAUCAACUCCACCGUUGGAUCUCUCCUUGUCAGCUUCACAGUUUACAUCAUCCCUGCUCUGGCUCACAUCUUCACCUUUAAAUCAUCCUCUGCUAGACAGAAUGCGGUGGAACAACCUCCCAAGUUCGUUGGAAGAUGGGUGGGAAGCUUUGUCAUCAACGUGUUUAUAGUGGUGUGGGUCCUCAUUGUAGGCUUUGGAUUUGGUGGGUGGGCCAGCAUGGUCAACUUUAUACACCAGAUUGACACUUUUGGCCUCUUCACAAAAUGUUACCAAUGCCCUCCACCGUCAUUUCCGCCUCUCAAGCAGCUGAACACCACCGCACCUUCGCCGCUUCACCACCACUGACAACACCAGAAGGCUUAGCUGAAUUGAUUAGUUAAUGAUGCUGCAUGUUUUUGUCAUGGAGAAUGAUGAAUCAGAAUGUUCAGUCAUGUCCUGCAUUUAUUAAUAUGGCAUUGGCCCUGUCAUAAACUUUAUAAUGUAGUGUUCUUCAAUUUGUUUCUAAUUUAAAGUUUAAAGGCUUUGACGUA